AUGGCGGAUUUCCCUGAUAGUUUUACAAUAUCAAACAAUAACAAAUUAUUGGCAUAUAGAUCUGGAAAUCAGGUUAAGUUAUAUUUGAUUGAAUGCGGCCUUGAACUAACAUCUAUAGAGCUUAAUGCUGCCCCAACAAUUGAACUUCACAUUGCCUCGUCGUCAAAAUAUAAUAUUGACUACUUCAUGCGUUUUUUUAACGAUGAUGAGAAAUUAUUAAUAUAUCUGCCGGAAAAUAAAUGGUCAAUUUGGAACAUUUUCAGUUCAAUACAGAAAUCAAUUAGAUUCGAAAUUUAUGACUUUGUUCUUCCAAUUACAGACAUUUUCUACGAGGUUGGAUAUUUCUUUCAGCUGGAACAAUCAAAUUCUUUUAUUGUCGCUGUAAGCAAUCAUUUCUACAGCAGCAGAAAAAUCAUUGACAAUUUAAUCUUAGAACGCUUAAAGAGGAAUGAUGACGAACAAGACUUGAAAGUUCUAUCAGAAGAAGACGAUCAAACAUCAAAACUACAUGAAUUUUAUAAAAUGAUUGAGCCUUGGGUUUUUGCUGAAAAUCCAAGCCACUCGGUUUUUCUCGAUAAAAAAAAGAAAGUUCUACUUUUGAUUGGGAUGUCUACUGUUCAAAUUUGGCACGAUCAAGAUGAAAAAAGAACUCUUGAAUUCAUUAAUGUGAUCAAUAAGAAUAUAGACGAAGAUAUUUACAAAUUCAAGGCUGAUAUUAAUGUAAUUAAUGCUGUAAAGGGGGCUUGUCACACGCUCAAGCAUUUAAAUCGGAUACAUCAAAUGAAAACAUCUGCUUUUUUAUUUACCAUUGGAGGUCUACCAGCUUUCAAAGAGACAGUCAAACAAAUACGAAACAUUAUUGUAAGAUUUGUUCAACUAUAUCCGACUGUUUGGCGAUUAUUAGAUUUUCGCUUUGAAGCGAAGGAAUAUUCACUUAUAAAGUACAUAUUAUUUAACGAAAAAAAAACUGUCAAUGAUGUUGAUCCAGAAAAAAAGCACAAUUUUAAAACCUUUGAUUGUCUUGAAAUCGAAAAACAGCCUUUACAAGAUAUAAAGCCAGUUCGCAACAGUUUAUUGCAUGAAAAAUCACUCCAUAUGCCACAAUAUAAUUCAUGGGAAGAGGAUGAUCCAGUAAUUCUAGGAUAUUUUUUAGAAUAUUAUUCAAAUAAAGCAGUAGAAGAAAUUGGAUGGAUGAUUACAGUUAGUGAAAUUCUACCAAAACUAUAUGAUGAGGGGAAUAAAAGUUAUG